AUGGAUACGCAAGUAUACUUUUAAAACCUCAGUAGUGGUAUACUGAAUCUAGCUCAUAUUUUCUUCCUAAGCAUUAACCUGAGCUACUGGUUGAAUUUCAUUUAUCUGCAUUGAGUCAGUGGAAUCAUAUGCACUUCAUGCACAUGUUUAGAGCCAUUUUGCACAAUGAGAAUAAGAAUGACACAACCCUGUUAGAACAUGACCUAUUCAGAGCACAGGUGAUAAGGUUGCAUGACUGAACACUCCCCCGUAUCAAAACUCCCCAGCACAGAGCAGACUCAGGCUAGACUCUCUCAGUGAUGUCCAUACAGUGAUGUUGCAGGUUGCUGCUUACAGCAGUCAUCUCUUUCAUGGGACCAGUGCCCUUAGUAGUGUAAUAUUGGUUGGAAGACUGAUUGUAUCUUGAAAGACUAAUGAAAGACUGACUGCAUCUUGAAUCAGAAAACGAAUCAGGCGAUGCUUAACAUCCAUAACCCAAGAGAUUCAUUAUCCACAUUGCCAAAGCUAAUCCUUGAGAUAAUCUUUGAGCUGUCAGUACCUUCCCACAUUUGAGGCACAGCACUGAUAGGAGCCAUUCCCUGGGCACUUUGCACAAGAGUCGGUUCAAUUACCUUUUCAAUUUCCCAUGUUUCCAUGGCGAUGUCCCACCAGCUCACAUUAGACCAUGUUCAAAUGUUAGUGUGUUUGUUCUGCAAUUGCAGCAAAGAGCUCUGUGACAUCUUAAGGACUAACACACAAUUACUGCAGCAUGAGUUUUUGGUAUAAGCCUGCCUUAUCACCUGCAAUGUAAAAAAAUAUGCUGUUGCCAAGAGACUCAUUUGAGGAGACAUUGGUUAGUCUUUAGGAUACCAUAAUUCUGCUUGUUUUGUCCUCAAGAGAUUUAACACUGUUAGUCUUCUAGAAACGGCGCUAUCAUUUUGUAGUGAGGCCAUUUGUGUGACAAAAAUAUCAGAUACAAUUGAGGACUAAGGAACCAUGACUAAAUCCCAGCAGCGGCAAGAUAUCUAGAUAUACUGAAGCAGUAUGCCAUGGGUUCAGACAUUACAAGCAUGCACUCAUAGACACUGAUUUUGAUCCAUUCCUUUGGAGGGAGGUGGGGAAAAAAAGUCAAGCUGCCCAAUUACCUCAAAUUAUUUAUUUGCUUUUCAAAUAUGUCCCAGUAUGAACAACUGGGUUUUUGCUCUGACGCAUUGUACAGCAGAUGAUAGCCUUGAAAGUGACAACAGAAUGCUUCAAGUGUAUGUCCACAUCAGUUUUUUCCACACACUAUGAUCCAGCAAAACUAAAAGAUUCUGCGAUGCACACCUAAUGUUCUAGUCUGGUUUGGGUGCUAUUUGUGAUGUUAGAAGCACUAUUUUUGUUUGUACUCCCAAUAAGUCAGUUGGAGUGAUUAUGCACCUGGCGCAUUUGUUCUGGUUUUUUUUACAGCAGUGCCCACAGCCCGAGACUAGCUGCUCUUAUGGGAAGGCUUGCCUCUUUUGGAAGUGGGAUAUGCAGAAUAAACAGGCAGGGGAGGCAGCUUCAGCUGCACAGCACCCUUUCUCGUGUGUUGAAAUGGAGAUAGUGUUAAGUGUGUAGUAGAUAUUUGGUGCUAUUCAGUGCAUGUUACUGUAGCGCUGCACUAAUAUUGUCUUUGUGAGAUCCUAUUGCUACAACAAUAUGUAGCUUAAAUUGUGUGUAAAGUACAUCUUUGGAUCAAUGGAAAUACGUAUUACUUUAAUGGGACGUCCCCCCCCUGGGCACACCAUUCUCAGGAUUUAAUUUGCUGUUGUUGACCUGAGGACAGGAAUCCGCCUGAUCACAGCUCUUUGCAAAAGAUCAAAGAUACAAAAAAGGGAGGGGAGUUGCCUUGAAAAUACACCUGAAAAAGAUGCUGAAGCUCCUUUUGUAACUUUGGCAUCUUUUCUCAUGUGUGUGUAUCAUUUAAAAUUGCCAAAGAAAAUGAGAGGUUAUUGAACGUAAGAAAUAUCCCAUGUAGCCAUUUUUACAGUCAAAAACAUACAUGCACUUCUUAUCCUAGGGUGUCUGUCCAGAAGAAUAUCUGAGUAGCAGUGCUGUCAGAGCAGGACUAUGAGGCAGACAUCCAGAGUCUCUACUCAACCCUCAAUAGCUGUAGUGUUGACUUAGAACAUACAGUGGUACCUCGAGUUAAGAACUUAAUUCGUUCUGGAGGUCCGUUCUUAACCUGAAGCACCACUUUAGGUGCUGCCACUGCUCGAUUUCUGUUCUCAUCCUGAAGCAAAGUUCUUAACCCAAGGUAAUAUUUCUGGGUUAGCGGAGUCUGUAACCUGAAGCGUAUGUAACCCGAGGUACCACUGUAUUAAAAUUGCACACAUUACCAUCAAGUGAAGGGGUAGAAUGCAGAAUACCAUUAAAUCCAGAGUUUAACGUUAUAGAACUGUAUCUUGGCAGUGCCCUAUGCUGGCUUUGAACAUGGCUGCCUAUGUUAGGCAGCCAAUUCAGAAAUGUUUUCAAGAGUAACCCCAACCAUGACUACCAAAGUUUCUGGUUAGAUUCUGCACACCUUGGCAAGAGAAUCAGAAUCAGCUGUGUGCACUAUCUGGGCUUUAAGAACAAGAAAAGAAUUCCUCCCUCACAUGAAAGCUAGAGCCUAGGUAACUGCAAUGGGGCAGGAGGAGUCAAAUGCAUAAGGUGCUGUCACCAAUGUGCAUGUGCAGUGGGGAAAAGAUUAUGUACAAAGCUUACGAAAAUACGUUACACGAGCACAGCUGCUGCUUUGACACAGCAGAAAUGAUGCAUGUAAUACAGGAAUGGUGUGAUGAUACACUUUACAUUACAAAAUCACCGACAAUCCCCACCCCUUCCCAAAAGUCUGCCACUCUUCUAGAAUUGAAGGAUGGGUAGGAGGGAACAGGUGAGAAUAUCAAACAUUCGAGGUACAAAUGUAAUUACAAUCAUCAUAGCAGUAUAUCUCUCUUAGUCCUGCAGUGUGAGCAGCUUUUAAAGACCAGUCUUUAUUUAUCCCAAAAGUGAAUGUAUCCUACAACAAGAAGUGUAUCCUUAGAGAAAAGUCACAGGAAAGACAAGUUUGUGUUUUAUGGCCAGCAUGAUCGUAGUAUGCUAAUGGCAUAUAAAUUGGAAUUUCAUCCUAUCCAAGUCUUGAAAUACAUCGUCUGGCCAUGGUAGAGGGACUGGGUGAGGCAGGCCAAACCUAUACAAGUUCAAGAUGAUAACGGACAGCGCAGGUAGUGUGGCCUGGAGCUAGAAUGAGCAGGAACACCUGUUCUUCACUGCUGACACCUUGGGGUGCUCUUCAGCCAAUUGCUUAAUGGUUGGAGAUGGCCAGGAGUGCUUUGCCACUGCUUCUCCUUGCAAGGAGGAUGUCUUCAUUUUUGUCCUGUUCAGGUUUCCCUUUGUCAUCUCAAGGGUUGGUCAUUGGAAAUGGAAGAUGCAAAGGGGGACACCUUUAGUGACUGCUCAAGCUUUGCGGUCUACUUUCUGAGAGUCAGGGGUUGCCAGGAGCACAUUACACCAGGUCUCUACCAUCCACACAGCAUCUCUGUGUUUCACAAGUACAACUAUUGUGAGCUGCCAUGGAGGCCCAGGGCCAGGAUGGCAGGAGAAAAAUGUUAAAGAUGAAUAAAUGCAUUUCAACAUGCUGGUUUUGACCUACCUCCUGCCCCCACAUGAAUUAGACCAUAUGUACAUCCCCUGGCACCUAAUCUGAAUUCCAGUUUGAAAAUUUGUUGAAGAGUGUCCCUGAGAAAGAACCCUGUUCAAAUCAUUUGACCCCAAUUUUUUAAAAAAACUUUUUUUCCCCUGGGGCAACCAGAGAUUCCCUCCCUUUCUCCUUGAAAUUGGUGCCUUCCUGUUUAUCCUUCCCAUGUACCUUGAUAUCAUACUUCAAAUGCCACCCUAAUCUUUGAGAUCAGUUGGUUAUAAUUUCCAUAGCAAAGUUUAUGCAAUAAGGGCAUUAAGAGACUUAAUUAUGCAGGGUCACCUUAAAAUCCUCUCUUCUCUUUUUCCACCAAUUCCAAGCUUGAAUAUUUUCCAGGGAUAGACAUAUGUGGGCUGGCUUUUAAGUUAGGAUUAAAGAGGCAAGGGCAUUUUAAAAUUCUGGGAUGGCCUAUUUAUUUUCUUAAGAUUCUUUCAAACAUCAGCUGCAUUUGGUUUUAAUCUGCUAUUGCUUUCAACUGUUGUGAUGCUCAUGCUCGAUCAUUUCUGCAGCUUUCUUAAUUGAUUUCUGAUUGUUUCAUUCUGACGAUGUCAUCAUUUUAAUAAGCAAAGCAUCAUGGGAUUCAUAUGGAUAUAGGACUACCUUCCUACCAUCACAGUUCUCCUUGGCACAUAGCAAAGCUUCCACUUGAAAGGAACUUGUCACACUUUUCUUAAAAGAGUCCUUGGGACACCUGAACUCAAUGAAUCCAGAUGUCUCUUUUUGAUGGUUCUGUCCAGUUGCUAAAGCCAACCCUACUGUGGUAUUUGGUUGCACAGAAGGCAGAUUAAGUAGCUGUCUAGCUUUAUCAAAUGGGGUGGAGAACAAUCUCCCUUCCAAUCUAUGUAGAACUUAUUAACAACAGAAUUAUUAGCAAAGCGAUAAAUGCUCACUCUUGAUGGAGUUUGCCAAGAUUCAGGAGGCAGAAAAGGAAAGUGCUUUCUUGAUAAACUCCAAAUGUCAAAUGGGCUUAUGUUCAACAUAAAGUGACCCUUUUAAUAUCAGCAUUUCUGCUCUUUCAUGGUUAAAGUUGAGCAGGCCUGACAGCCUCAGAAAAUUGCUUAAAAAAAGAAAGAACAAGAGUUAAAGCUUGAGUGGCCUCUAAUGCUUUCCAGAUCAUUAAGGCUUGUGUUUUCCAUUUUGCUUUAUGAAGUGUGUAUAGCUAAGCCAAGCAGCAAGUUCUUCAACAGCGAAAGAGCUCUAGAUACAAAGCCACGUGCCUUUAAAUUGGGUGGCAGAAUGGCUUGGGAGAAUGGAGUAGUGUUAGGGUACCCAUUUUACUGAUAUUCCUUUCCUCAAAAUGUUACUGAAAUCACAUAUUCGCUUACUUUAAGCCAGCUCAAAGACCACUUUUCAUGAUACUUUGUCAUUAAAAACAAAACGGUUUAGUUUUUUUCUUGAUUUUUCCCUUUCCCAGCAACCCUGCAUCCCCCUGAAUGGCAAGCAAAGGGCCUGCUAUCUAUGGACCGCUUGGAUUGACAUGUGA